AUGGCCUCCCAGAUUCACCCUGAAACUCUCAUUGUCAUCAAGGCUCUUUUUGAAGGCGUGACUCGACGUUUCAUGUUGCCCUUGAAGGAACUGGGAGCUCAAAGUUUUCCUCAGCAAAUCCAUCAGUUCCUCAAUAUCCCAGAUGAUUCCGAAUUGCUUAUUGAACGAUAUUCUGACAGCAGUGCCAAAUGGGUAUUGUUAGACAGCGAGAAUCCGUCCAUAUACAAACAACUCUACCGAGCCGCCAGGGCAAAACUAAAAUUACGAAUUAAGGUCACAGAAUUCAAAAAACCAUCAAGAUCACAGGAUGGGUUCCCAUGGAGCGAGUUUCGGGAAAACGAUGCCGUAACAGAGGCCACCGCUUCCUCUUCAGACACCCACGCAACUCGGGGCAGCUACCUGAACACUGUGCUGAAUUAUCCUCUGUCGACCGCCACCGCCGAAAGUCAGGCAAACUUGGCAAAUAGUAUCCGAGCCAUCCAGUCAGAAUCCAUAUCUAAAGAUUCUACUCUCGAACAUAGGUCAGGCAGCAGCAAUCCGCCACACGUUACCGGCGCGGUAACCCUGCCUACUCGCCACGUUGAUGAUGACUCAGCUCCGCCUUUUACUUUUUACAUUGAUUGUAAUAACUGCGGGUCUUCAAUUCCAAAUACUCAUUGGCAUUGCGGCACCUGUGAACGGGGCGACUAUGAUUUGUGCCUGUCCUGCAUUGAAUCCGGUGUGCGCUGUCCAGAAGAGAAUCAUUGGCUCAUUAAACGAUACGUAACCAAGAGGGGCGUCAUGAGCAGCAUUACAGAAAAACUUGCCCCCAAGUCUAACCUUUCACCUAAGGCACCAGAAAGAGAUGUAGACGAAGUCUCGCGAUGUACACUUAAGGAGGAACCUAAAGUUGAACCUUGUCCACAUGAUGACGAAAUGCGGACAUGCAAUGCUUGCUUUAGAGAUUUCCGCGCUCUAUCCCUUGUCACCUGCGCUGACUGCACUGACUACGAUCUUUGUUUAACAUGCAUGAUUUCCCAAAAGCAUGGUCAUCACCCUGGCCAUACAUUUUUCUUUACCCAAGAUAUUGGUCUCUCCUCCUUUAGGGAAAAGGUAAAACGGUACUGCAGGCCAGGUCGGGACGUAUCCCAUCACGCGAUCUGCGAUGGGUGUAAUCAGCGUAUUCAUGGUGUUCGUAACAAGUGCCUCGAAUGUCCUGAUUUUGACUAUUGCUUCAGCUGCAUUCAUGGUGCUAUAACAAGUCACCCUGGUCACCGGUUCGUGCCGAUUUAUGAUCCCAUUGCAACUGCUGCUGGGCACGCUGAGACCCACUAUGGAAUCUACUGCGAUGGCCCGCUUUGUUCCUCUAAAAAUGGCCCAGACCAUUAUAUCACCGGUGUUCGCUAUAAAUGCGCAAUCUGCCAUGACACAGAUUUUUGUGCCAAUUGUGAGGCUCAUCCCUCCAACACGCAUAAUCAAACGCAUCCUCUAGUUAAAUUCAAAACUGCUGUUCGCCACGUAUCAAUCAGCACUAUUGGUGAGAAUGAAAAUGGCCUUCCAUUGCAGAAAAUGGGCGAUCACCAAGAAUCCACCAUUCAGGACCCCGCACCUGUUAGCGUAUGUCAUGUUGCAACGCAAGUACUGAAGGCUGGUGACUUCCCAUCCACGGCACCUUCAUCUCCACUUCUAUUCUCUACAAAGAAUGAAAAGAAGAGAAGCCCAGCACGUGAUCUGGCCUCUGCAGGAUUAUUGCAAGCCGAGUUUGUUCAGGACACCGUUGCUGAUGGAAGCGAAAUGGCACCGGGCGCUAUUUUCACUCAAAAAUGGGUUCUUCGUAACCCUGGCCCAGCAACAUGGCCCCAGGGUUCCAGUGUUCGAUUCGCAGGCGGUGAUACCAUGUUUAAUAUUGAUACAAAUCACCCCACUAGCACUAGUGAGCUCAUUUCUGCUAUGGAAAGCACCACACUUAUGAAACCCGUUCCUCCCUUUGAGUCUGCGGAAUUCUCCCUGAAUCUGAAAACCCCCCAUCGCCUUGGUCGUGCAAUUUCUUACUGGCGCCUUAAGACUCCCGAUGGCGCUCCCUUCGGCGAUCGGCUGUGGUGCGAUGUUCUUGUGCGGCCUGAAACCGAACUCAAGCCCACCGGGAUAUUCGCUGAAUCUGCUACUGAAACUGUGCCUUGUGAAGGGACAGUUCAAACCAAGCUUGAACCCACUCUUGAAAAGGGCGAUAUGGUAUUUCCUAAGCUCGAAAAGGAAUCUCCCGAGUCCAGUAUCACUUUUGCUUCUGGUGACGCAACUGUAGACGCCAUGCAAUCCGAUGAGCUUGAUCUAGUGGACGAUGUUGAGAGCCUGACCUUGGCUAACUCGGAUGGGUUCUCGACUGAUGAGGAGUACGAUAUCCUAGAUGCGAGUGAUGAGGAGCUAAUUUCAGCGGCUCAAAAACAAGAGUAA